UUUUUUUUUAAUUUAUCAUUUUGUUAUCCGAAUUCUGUAAAUUUUUCCAAAAAUAAUAUGGCUCCAGUUCUUAUUCUUCCUCCAGCACUUUGUUUAUCACCAUACGGAAGCGCAUUACACGAAAAACCUUCAAAUUUAAUAAAUUCAUCAACAACACAACUCUCUUCUCAACAACAAAACAAAAUGUUCAGACGGUCAAAUACGAAUCUUACAACAAUGAGAUUGAAUUCCGAAGAAAAUAUUCCAUUAAGUGGUACUACUAAUAAACAGACAAUAACAGAAAACAAACAUAAAUCAUCAUCAAAGACUCAAUCAUCUUCAAGCCCUGGUAACUUACGUCAACGUUCUAUUGCUUGGACUAAAAAUAAUAUAAUAACACCAGCUUUAAGUUCCGCACACUUAAGAAGAACUUUUUCUCAACAAAAUGAUAAACCACCAAAUACUUUUGAAGAAAUUUUAAAUACUACACAUAGAACUGAAAGAGAAGUUAAAGCAUCAUUAUCUAAAUUAAGGCGAAUGGUUCUCAUUGAAGGUUUACCUGAAGAGAAUCUACCAAAAUUGGCUCCUUCGGUUCAACAUUUAAUAAGACCUACAUCUCUUCGUUCAAAAAUUUGGAAACAUUUUCUCGGAGUAUAUCAUGUAUCUGCAAAUGAAUAUGUUCACCUUAUAAAGAAGGGUAAAUCUUGUGUAUAUGAUAAAGUUCGGAAUGAUACUUUUAGAACAUUAGCUACAGACAAAAAAUUUUUAGAGCGAGUUAACGAAGAAAUGUUAAUUCGCGUUCUAAAUGCGCUCGCAUGGAAAAUGAAAUCAUUCUCGACUUGUGGAAAUCAACCAAUUACCUAUGUCCAAGGAAUGAAUGUUCUUGCGGCGCCGUUCUUAUUUACGAUGUCAGAAAUUGAUGCGUUUUUUUCUUUUGCAACAUUUAUUCAGACUUGUUGUCCCUUGUAUGUAACUCCUACUUUACAAGGAGUUCAUUGCGGGUUGAAGCUUUUGGAUCAAUGUCUCCAAAUUCUUGAUCCAAAAUUAUUUAAUUACUUAAAAUCCAAAAACCUUACUGCAGAAAUAUAUGCAUUAUCAUCUGUGCUUACACUUUGUGCCUGUACACCACCUCUUGAACAAGUAUUAAAAUUAUGGGAUUUUUUAUUUGCUUAUGGAGUUCAUUUAAAUAUUUUAUGUGUUAUUGCACAACUUAUCUUAAUAAGAGAUCAACUUUUAGAAGCGCAAAGCCCAAUGAAACUUUUGAGAACUAUGCCAGAGUUAAAUGCCAAAUCUGUUAUAAGUUUAACUGUACAGCUUGUUCAACAAAUUCCUGACAAAUUAUAUGAUUUACUUGUUAGACAUCCAUUUGAUUCUUCUGUUGAAAAUGCUCUUAAAAAAAAAAAUCAAUUUACAUAAAAAAAGAUAGACAAAUUAUAAAAAGGGUUCGAAAUAUAAAAAAAGAUUAGUCUAUUUAGUAUUUAUUUAUUUAUUUAAAGAUUUUCAAAUUUCAUUGU